AUGUCGAACGCCAAAUUCGCAAAGGCAGCUGCAGAUCACGUCUACAAGCUUCCCCUCGCUGGGACGUAUAGCAUCAGCUCUCUCUAUAUAGAAUUUUCCCAGCGGGUAACCAAGUUUGGAAAAGCCAACAGCUGGCGCCUCAAGGAAUUCGGCUACGGCUCAAUCGUGACAAUGCUCAGCGGCUCUGAAGCCGUCGAGUCAGCUGACAAGAUUGCACGAGGAUGGGCCUAUCUCCACAAGGGUAUUCCUCAGGACAAAACUCACAUUUCGACUGUCGAUCAAUGCUACCACAGAUGGACUCUAUUGACUAUGCCCAUGGCUACUGUCGCAGCAAAGCGCAAGUUACACUUCGGCGAGCAUCUCCCCAAUGUUGGCCCGUAUGCUCCGUCAAGUGGAAAGCUUAUCUCGUUCGGUGAUAUUAAAGCCCUAACUAACUACUUUGAGGAAGACGCUCACCAUCUUGCCGCACUAUGUAUCGAGCCUGUUCAAGGUUGGGCCGGCACUAUCGUUCCUCCAACUGAGUACCUGAAGGUUGCCCAGGAGCUCUGCAGAAAGCACAACGUUCUGCUUAUCUGUGAUGAGAUUCAGACUGGAUAUGGCCCGAAUAGCAAGGAUUUGUCCUACCAGCAUGAGGCAACCCUUGAACCCGACAUGGUCAUCAUGGGCAAUGCUGCUACUGGCGUACUGAUAUCACUAAGUUACUAUCUAAUAUCCGUCUUCAUGGGCAAGAAGGACAUUAUGGACUUGGUCUAUAAGAAUGAGAUUCAUUCUAUAUUUGGCGCCUCACCCAUUAUAGUAAAAACAUACAUAAUUAUAAGUUAA